AUGGCCGUCGUCCACUCGGAGUAUAGCGAAUCUGCAGUCCUGACUGCACUGAGAACCCUGUUAUCAUACUGGCCUAUUGUUCUUCUCCUCGUCCUCGUCGCUCGUUUCUUGUACUACAAGUACGCUUCGCCGUUGCGACAUUAUCCUGGACCAUUGCUGGCCUCUGGGAGUCGUCUUUGGAAGGUCUGGAGCACUUGGUCAGGGCACACUGAGACAGACCACAUCAGGAUUCAUGAAGUCUAUGCAACUGAAAACAUAGGCCCGAUUGUCCGAAUCGCCCCCAACGAACUCUCACUCUCCUCGCCCCACGCCGCACGCGAAGUCCUAGCAGCAGGUAAAGGCUUCCACAAGACCGACUUCUAUGGGGUCUUCCCACCUCCAGAGAAUCCGGAUAUCUUCACCGAGACUCGCGAAGCCGUCCAUGCAGUCAAAAAGCGCUAUGCCUCGAAUCCGUAUAGCAUGGCUACGAUGCACACAAUGACGGACUACAUCGAGGACACCGAGCGCCUGUUCAUGCAAAAGCUAGAUGGAAUGUGUCAAACAAAAGAUCAGUAUUGCGACCUGGGAAGCUAUCUGCACUACUACGCCUUCGAUGUGCUUGGCGAGAUAGCCUUCUCCAGGAGAUUUGGCUUCCUCGAAGCGGGAUAUGACCUCGAGAAGGCGAUCAAGACCAUCGACGACAUGCAAUGGUAUGAUGGAAUCGUUGGACAGAUCCCAGAAUGGGACUUCGCAUUCCGUCGGAACCCGCUGUGGAAGUGUGUGCCCUCCUGGCUGCUGACCGGGAACUUCCUGAUCACGCGCAUGGCCUUGGAAGAGAUGGACAAGAGGAAGAAGCUUGGCAAGCAGCUGGAUAGAAGGGAUCUGAUGGCUUCGCUGUUCGAGGCGCAUGAGAAGGCGCCACAGAACUUCACGGAAGGAGAUGUCUUCGCUGUCGCUCACGGUGCAAUCUUCGCCGGGUCUGACUCGACGGCUUCGACAAUGCAGAGCUUUUCUUGGCACGUCUUGCGCGAUCCUGAGGUCUACGCCAAGCUCAAGCAAGAACUUGAUGAAGCUACCGCAGGCGGUAAGCUCUCUGCGAUGCCACAGUGGAACGAAGUGCAAGCGUUGCCUUAUUUCCAGGCUUGCUUGAAGGAGGCAAUGCGGGUUCGACCCGCGGUUGGGCUGAACAUCACAAGACAUGUACCUCAAGAAGGAGCAGAGAUCGACGGCCACCGGCUGCCAGGGGGCACCCGGGUCGCGCUCAAUGGCUGGGUCCUACAUCGCAACAAGCUCUUUGGACACGAUCCUGAGGUAUAUCGACCAGAGCGAUGGAUCGAGGGCGAUGCCAAGAUGAUGGAAAGGUAUAUGUUCCAGUUCGGUGGCGGGAGUCAUCUGUGCAUCGGGAAGAAUUUGGCUCUGCUCGAGAUGAACAAGACGCUGCCGCUACUGUUCCGUGAUUACAACUUCGAGCUGCUGAGACCGAAUGAGGAGUUGAAGUAUCAUUCGACGUUCUUUGUGGUGCACGAAGGCUUAGAGGUUCGCAUCUCAAAGCGGAAGGUAGAUUGA